AUGCAACCCUUUAUAGAACAACCACAAUUUUUACUUGAACCAAAAUCUUUAUUUAUAUUUGAAAAUCAACCUGUUAAAAUUGAAUGUCAAGCUAUUCGUUCAAGACAAAUAUUUUUUAAUUGUGAUAAUAAAUGGGUGCCAGAAAAUGAACAUAUAAAAUCAACUGAAACAAAUGAUAAGGGUAAUAUUAUUAUAAUAACACAAAUACAAUUAACAGCAGAUCAAAUUGAAACAAAUACAUAUAAAUGUUUUUGUCAAGCAUGGUCGGCAACAGGUGGAACACUUAAAUCUCGAACAGCAACUAUUGAAAUAGCUUAUUUAGAUAAAAUAUUUGAAUGGGAACCAUUAAAAACUGAUAGUGUCAUUGGAAAAUCAGUUGAAUUACGAUGUCGUCCACCAAGUGGUAAUCCAUAUCCUAAAGUAACAUGGUUAAAAGAUAAUCAAACAGUAGAAAUAAAUCGUAAUGGUCGUUUUAUACUUUCCAAUGAAAAUUCUUUACUUAUUGCACAAAUAAAAAAAAUUGAUGCAGGAAAUUAUACAUGUGUCGCAUCAAAUAUUGCUGGAACAUAUUCAAGUGAACCAGCUGAUUUGAUUGUUCAUGAUAAUCUUGGCUGGUCUGAAUGGCAAGCAUUUUCUGAAUGUAAAGGUAUACCAUGUAGUAUUGGUCGUCAACGUCGAAUACGUACAUGUCUUAAUCCACCAACGAUUACAAAUCGACCUAGUUGUGAUGGAGAACAUAUGCAAGAAAGAGAAUGUUCUGUGCCUUGUUUAAAAGAUAUAUCACUAGAUACGAAAUUUUCUGAAUGGUCAGAUUGUAUUGGUAUUCCAUGUCAAAUAGGUAAACAACAACGUGUACGUACUUGUUUAAAGCAAUCUCAAUGUAAUAAUAAACAAAUAGAAGAACAAAAUUGUUCUGUACCUUGUACAAAUCAAACAUCUUCCACUCCUGCUCAAACAUUAAUCAAUGGUAUCUAUUCAAAUUGGACAAAUUGGUCAACAUGUCGAACACCUGAUUGUACAUCAAUACGAACACGUCAAUGUUUACAAGAGCCAUGUCUUGAUUAUUUAAUCGAAAAUCGUCCAUGCAGAGGAAAUUUAUGCUCAAGUACUUUCGUUUCAUCAUCAACUCUCAAUGCUAUCGUUUAUUCAUCGGCUGGUAUUGGUGGUCUCAUAUUUCUUCUUCUUACUAUACUAUUUGUUAUUAUAUGUUGCCGUCGUCGACAACGUAUAACGACAAAAAAAGGCUUGUCAACUUGUAUCCCAUCGGCAACGACAUGUGGUGGAUGUCAUAUAGAAAAAAAUGAUUAUCCAUUUUAUUAUUCAAUACAACAAGAUACAACGUCAACAAGAUCUUGUACAUCACAUAAUAAUUCAAUGUCAUUAACAAAUUCUGAUAGUGGAAUGGAAAAAGAACGAGUAUUCUUUUUAAAUGAUUCACCAUUGAAACCAUUAAAUCAAAAUCAUUUAAAUAUAAUCUAUGAAAAAAUUCUUCAAUCAUUACCAGCAAAUACGGAUCUACGUUAUUUUGCUGUAUCAAUACUUAAUAAUACAGGUUGUCAACUUAAAAUUCCACAUACAGGUAUUACAUUAACAAUACCUGAUGGUGCUGUUUUACUUGAUGAAGAUUCAUUAAUUUUUAUUGCUUUACUUAAUACGGAUAAUGAAAUGCCUUUAUUAAAUAAUAAUCAAACACGUUUAUCACCUGUUAUACUCAUAGGUCCAUCUGAUAUAACAUUAGUUAAACCAGCUGUACUUUCAUUUGAACAUACAGCUGUAUUAGAAUCUUCAUGGAAAUAUAAUUUAAUGUUUACUGAAGAUAUUACUAAUUGGAAAACAAUAUUAACAUAUGGACAAGAAAAUAUAUCUACACCAGUUUAUUUACAAUUUAAUAAUGACCAACAAGCAUUUAUUUUAUUUGAAAAUAUGGGUGCAUAUGCAUUAAUUGGUGAAUCUAUAUUAAAUCAUCAUGCAUCAAAAUAUCUUCAAAUGGCUUGUUUUUAUAAUCAAUCAACAUUACGUAUAAGAUUUUUUGAUAAAACAUCCGAUGCAUUUGAACGUUGUUUAAGUGAAGAAAUUGGAAUGAAAAAUUAUUUAUGUGAUCAAUCGAAACAAUUUAUUUUACAUGAUUAUCAAGAUCAAAUAUGUAUUAAUGUUGAUUUAGAAUUAUCAACAAUAUCAAGAAUUAAUAUUGGUUAUAAAGAACUUCCAUUUCAAACAUUCUGGACUAAUCGAAUUGAACGAUCUUGUUUUAUUUUUAUAAUACCAAAUUUACAAAUGAAUAAUAAUAAUAAUAAUGAUUUAGGAAAAAAUUUUAUGGAACAAUUUGCUUUACAUAUUGAUGUUUAUCAACCUACAAUAUUUGAAAGUGCAUUACAUACACGUUUAUAUAUUAAUACACUUAAUUUACAACAAACUCCUGGAUGGGAUUUAACAUCAUUACGUGAUCGUCAUUAUUCAAAAUCAUCAGAAAAAGCAUCUAGAUUACCAACAUUGAUUCGACAAAAACUAUGUCAGAUACUUGAUCCACCAACUUCAUUAGGAAAUGAUUGGCGUAUGUUUGCAAGUAAUUUACUUGGAAUCAAUUAUCUUCAAUAUUUUGCAACAAAAACCAGUCCAACGGAACAUUUAUUAACAUUAUGGGAUGCUCGACAAGAAUCACUUGUUAAUAUGAUUAAUGUACUUAAUCAAAUAGGUCGUAGUGACGCUGCUUGUGCUUUUACUGUUGGUAAUCGUCAUUAUUUUGAAAAUAUAUAUAUUGGUUGGGGUAUUAAAAAUUUCAUUGAAAAUUGUCAAGCAAAUAUGAUAAAUAUUUUACCAGAAACGGAAAAUAAUUUACGAAUAAUAGAACAAGAUGAUCCAACAAUAGAAGAAGAAAAUGAAUUAUUUAAAUCUUCAGUUUUAUUAUCACCAGAUGAAGAUGAAGAAUUUGAAGAUAAUAUAGAUUUUAAUAGAAGAAAAUAA